UCUGCAUUGUGCAUAUUCAACAACCACAAGGACUUGAGACCAUAAGGCAUGAAAGAUAUUCUCAUAGUAUAUAAUUCAUAGUCCAUUUUGAUGUCAUAUCCCUGAUUUUGCAAAUAGGAAAUCACCAUCAAAUACCUAGCAAACAAAUCUCCCCAACUUCCUUUUAACAAGUGAUCAAUUUAUUCCAGGAGUUCAACGGGAACAAUAUGUAAAAUUUAACUCUAACUGGGACCUAAAAGCUCAAAUUCCUACGAAAUGAGUAAUUCAGUGGACAAUUAGCACAAAUCAGGAAUCAACUUUUACAUCUUGUUCCAGUUGCACUAAUAUUGACUUUGAAAACAUGACAUAGAUAUCGAUUCAUACAAUUCCAAGUAAGCUAAAAAAUAUAACGAUCAUCCAAGUUUAUGAUUUACACGUGAAAAGAACGCAUCUUAAGCCAUCAAUCAAGCUGCGAAAUAUGAAUUGAUCAGCCGAUUGACCCCAAUAUUAAACAUCAACUAUCAUAAAAAUGGAGUGCCUAUAAACUAUAUAAUAAAUUUUGUCCACUCCAGAGUCCAGAUAUGACAAGCAGCUUGUGAACUUAAUGUACGAUUCGGUAUGAUAUAAAUAUCUCACAAUUUCACUGAUAUGUCAUCAACAUGUUAUUUAAUCAGAGUUACUGAAAAGGUACAAAUGGAAAACUAAGCUACUGCAAUAAUCCACAGAAAUUUCAGAUACCAAGAUAAUCAAUGUUCCAAAAUUUGUCAAGGAGAUGAGAUAUUUAAGAAAUUUGCAACACAAUCAACAAACCCAAUAAACCAGCAAUAGCACAUAUAAGCCCAAUAUAUUAGUCUUAUUAGGAGAAUAUGUAUGAGCACAAAUGAAACGCAGAAAUCGAUUAUCAACUCAGAAAAAAAAAACUUGAUAUCACCAUGAACUUUUAACUCAAAAAACUUAAAUUGAUCAAAUCAAGACUACCUGAAGCAAUCAAGCACAACAUAUAAAUAACACACAAGAAUAGUAGGUACCAUAAAGUGUUUUACACGAAACCGAAAUUCAUCCAGAAUGAAACCAACCAGACCAUCCUCUUUGGCUUUCCCCUAAGAAAGCACCCAAUUAACUGUAUAUCAUUUUCAAAUACAGAUCAAAAUUCUUGUCUAAAAUCUUCCACAAAAAAAAAUAAUGGGUGGAACUUUGACUUGUUAUGUAGAUGAUUGAGAGUUUUGUUUUUUGGUCUUGGUAGUUGUUUGCUUUCUAGACAAGUGGUCCAAAACAAUCUAGCUGGAAAAUAAAUGAAGGACUCUGGCAUUCUAUUGGAUAAGGCAGCAAUCUAGAGCAAUCUUAUGUUGGAUAGGAUAAGGAGGAAAAAUUGAACCCAAACAAACAUUAGCCAGUAGCCACCCACGCCCACAGGCCACCACUACAUUGAGCUAUCCUUGACAUACCGGUAUCAGCAGCGGCUAGGCGGGUCUGAUGGCCAGUGUAUUCUCAGCUUCAGCACUUGUAUCUACCUCCUCAUCGAAACCAGCAAAAGCACCUCAGACUCAGAGUCCAGCCUUAAACAAGGCCUCACAAGUGUCCAUUUGUAAGCUGCCUCCCCUAACUAACUUAACCGCCACAUUAACUGCUGUUACAACAGCUGCAGUGAUCCUAUCGAGCUCCCCUCCUUCACUUGCUGAUUCCUCUUACAACAUAUACUAUGGGACAGCAGCAAGCGCGGCCAACUAUGGAGGGUACGGUGGUAAUUCAAGCAAGAAAGAUUCAGCAGAGUACAUAUACGACGUACCUGAUGGUUGGAAAGAGAGGCUAGUAUCGAAAGUUGAGAAGGGAACGAAUGGAACUGACAGUGAAUUCUAUAACCCGAAAAAGAAGACAGAGAAAGAGUACCUGACAUUUCUUUCUGGGUAUAGGCAAUUGGAUCCCAUUCCCAAAGAUGUAGUGCUUAAUAACUUGGCCUUGUCAGAUGUGUUGUUACAGGAUCAGAUUUCUAAUGCAGACUCUGUAUCCUCCCAAGAGAGGAGGGAUGAAAAAGGCCAGCUUUAUUAUGAUUACGAGAUUGAUGCUGUCGCCUCUCACAGUUUGAUCUCUGUUACAUGUGCCAACAACAAGCUCUAUGCUCAUUUUGUUAAUGCUCCUACUCCUGAGUGGAAUCGCGAUCAAGAUAUGCUCCGACACAUCCACCAAUCCUUUAAAACUCUUGGUUAGCUAGCUCCUUUUCGGCAUUACUUUAUGCCUUCUGCUGCAACGUUUUGUAUACUCCAUAUAAGUAUAUCCUCAUCAUCUAGUAUUCAAUAAGAUAGAGAUGAUGAUAACGAGGAACAAAAUAUGUAUAUCAUUAUUCGUGCAUUGUACCUAGGCUACAAAGCCAGAUUUUUCUGUAAUGAGAAUCGAUGUAGCACUAAAUUUGAUAUA